GGAGAAAAAUCUUAAGUGUUCGUGUUACAGUGAAUUUUUGGCUAAGUAUUAGCGGGAUAAAUGAUUUUACUUUCCCGCUUAUUGAUUUUCUAUUAUAGCGAUUAUUAAAUGCUAUACAUAGCAACCUAAUUCUAAAAUUGAUCAUUCAUAGCAAUUCAGUAAACCGUGCUAUAGUCAAGUGCUAUCAAUGAAGACUUUUUUUGUAGUGACGUACAAGAGCCAGGAACGUUUGGAUGAAGAUUAUCAUUGGUUAGUUUCCUACUCAGAGACUCUCAAUGAGUGGACUUUGCUCGAUAGAGAAUUCGAAACUCACUAGUUUUCUUGUUCUUUUAGGUGCUAUGGGAGGGGGACUUGUGAUUGUUUUGGUAAUCAUAGCACUAAUGUUACAAAAAGUGAAAACAUGUUGUGUAAGAGAGCAAAACCUUGAGGCGCUUGUACCACUGAAACGUUAUAGUUAUGCACAAGUCAAGAAAAUGACAAAGUCAUUCAGACAUGAAGUUGGGAAAGGAGGAUUUGGGGUUGUGUAUAGAGGAAACUUUUGUGAUGGCCGCAAGGUUGCGGUGAAGGUUUUGAAAGAUUCAAAAGGCAAUGGGGAAGACUUCAUCAAUGAAGUUGCAAGUAUGAGCAGAACAUCUCAUGUAAACAUUGUUACCUUGCUUGGAUUUUGUUAUGAAGGUUCCAAAAGAGCAAUUAUAUAUGAGUUUUUGGAAAAUGGAUCUUUGGAUAAAUUUAUCUCAAGAAAACAGUCAUCGAAUAUGGACUAGGAUGCACUGUAUGGGAUUGCGCUAGGCGUUGCUCGUGGUCUGGAGUAUUUGCACAAUGGGUGCAGAGCAAGGAUUGUGCAUUUCGAUAUAAAACCACAGAAUGUUUUGUUAGAUGACAAUCUUUGCCCCAAAGUUUCAGACUUUGGCCUCGCUAAACUUUGUGAGAAGAAAGAAAGCAUCUUAUCACUACUAGACACAAGAGGAACGAUAGGGUACAUUGCACCUGAAGUGUUUUCAAGAAUGUAUGGGAGAGUCUCCCACAAAUCAGAUGUAUAUAGCUAUGGGAUGUUAGUUCUUGAGAUGAUAGGAGCAAGGAACAAAACAUCCAUAGAAGACUCUGCAUCUAACACAAGCUCAAUGUACUUUCUUGAAUGGAUUUAUAAGGAUCUUGAGAAGGGAUACAAUAAACGGCUUGUCGAGAAUGUAGUCACUAGCGAAGAAGACGAGAUAGUUAGGAAGAUGACAUUGGUGGGUUUGUGGUGUAUUCAAUCUUCCCCAUCAAACCGCCCACCAAUGAACAGAGUUGUAGAGAUGUUGGAAGGAAGCUUGAAUGCUCUUGAAGUCCCUCCCAAGCCUGUUUUGCAGCAUAUUUCAGCGGCACCGCUUUCUGAAUCUUUUGGAAUGUUAGGAGAGAUUUCAAUCGCCUCCGAGGUAUGGAAUGAUUUAUAAACUGGAAAUCACAAUCUU